AUGGUCUGUGCUGCCCUGUUCUUCUCUCUGAUCCACACAGUUCUCUUUUUAUAUCGCUUUCCAUCGAUUGUUGGGCGUUUUCAUUUUCAAGCUCCUCGCACUUUAGCAAGCGAAUAUUGCACACUUUUGACAAAAUUCGAUUUUUACACUUGCCUUAUUAAUGUGGCCUUUCUUUUCUCUCGAUUCACAAUUCCUUUACAAAUCACUUUGCCGCGAUAUCAUCAUUGGCUUGUUUUUUUUUUAUGCUUGCUACUUAACUCACUCUCCACUCAAAUCCCGAUUGAAAUUACUCUUCUUUUAACCCCGACCAUUUCACGUAACACCUUUCAUCAGUACUUUCCACUUUUGGCAAUCUCUUUCAAUUGCAACUCUAAAAUCGGUAUAAUCCCCAAUCGGCUUCGCAUAAUCUCUUUCUUUCUUUCCCUCCUUCAACGUCUUCAUCAUUAUCAGUGUUUAUCUCUCUGCCUGCUUCUUUCCCUCUCACUACAAAUGUUUUGUCUAUUUCCCUCUUUUUUCUUUUUUUUUACUCCCCCUUCCUUAUUCUCUCACCCAUAUUAUUCCUUCUCCCCCACUCUAUUUAAUCUUCCUCUUUUUUCUACGUUUCAUAUAGUCUUACCCUCUCUGUUUUUAUUCACUUUUAUAGCUUUUCCUUCUUUCUUUCUUGUGUCUUUUGUCUAUCCACGUCGCCAAUUUUUCUUUGAUGUUUCGCCUUCUUCUGGAUAUCUUCAUUCUUUCUUUCUUUCUUUCUUUCAUUCUUUCUUCCAUUUGUCCUUUGUUAUUUCUUAUCUUGUGCCUUCCAUUCUCUCUUUCGUUAUUCCUUUGUUUCUUUUUUUUUUUUUUUCAUUCAUUCUUUAUUUCAUUCUUUCCGUUGUUAACUUUCCUAUUUCUUAUCAUUCAUCCUCUAUUUCCCCUUCCAUUUUUCAUUGUUUCUUUUCUUUUCUUUCCUUCUCUUUUCAUUCUUUCUUUCUUUCACUCUUGCAUGUGUUCGCUGUUAACUUUCUCAUUUCUUAUCUCGCGACCUCCAUUUUCUCUUUCAUUUCUCAUUUGAUUAUUUUCUUUCUUUCUUUCUUUCUUUCUUUCUUUCUUUCUUUCUUUCUUUCUUUCUUUCUUUCUUUUCCUGUUCCUUUCCAUGACAUAUCUUUGUUAUUAAAUUUAUCUCCUCUCUUAUUCAAUCACUUUUUCCUCUCCUUUUCCUCAUAUCUUAUUUUUCUUCUUUUUCCCACUUUUUCUUCAUUUUCUAUAUUCUUCGUAAAUUUCUUUUAUUUCCAUUCGCAAAUGUCUAUCCUUUUUUUUCUUUUUCUUUCUUAUAGUCAAUUUCUUAUUCUAUCGUUUUUCUUUUUUUUCUCUUUCUUUUCUUCAUUCUCUAGCCGUUCUUUGCUGCUUUGUUCACUGAUACAUUUUCUAACUUUAACGUUUGAGAGUUCCUUAUUUCUCUUGCUGUUCCUUAUUUUCUUUUAUCUUACUUCUAAUUCACAUUCGUUUAUCUAUUAA